AUGGUUCUCCUGCGUUUGGAGGUGAGGGUCUUCCCCAAGGAACCUGCGCCAACCCUCUCUUCUGAACGUGGCGGCCCAAAUACGAGUGUUUUCUCUCGGUUAAUCGGAAAUGGAGUUGGCAACUGCAACAAAGAGCCCGAGCAGAAUGGUGACCGGGCUGACAGCUACGACCUGGGCGAAGCGAACCCGGCCAAGCAAUACGCCUCGUUCCUUUUGCUGCUCAGAAACUCGGAUGAUCUCACAUUAGCGGAUCUUGCUCGCAGAAUUUGUGAUGAAUGGGCGACCUUCCGAUCCGACCAAGAACCUCUAGAAAUCAAGAAACUACUCGACGAUGCGAAUCCUACCGUUGACCUCAGCCUAUCAAUGACGGUUGCCGAUGUAUUUCUCGAUGUUGGCAAAGCAUUCUCCGACGGCCACGACCAGCGAGCGAUUGUCCGCGUGAUACAAAAGCCCGCCAGGCACGCGCCCCAGCGCUUUUCCUCGGUUGUCCAGGAUUGGGACGGUGCGGUGAAUAAGGCCUAUCAAUAUAAUUCACGUGUGGGAAACCAAUUCAGCCCAAUUGCGGAAGAAGAAUAUGCUCCCGCUUCGGCGCAAAAGUCCCCAGCUGGACAGCGAUCUCACGAUGCGCCCCUCCCCUCUGUCGAAAUCCAGUCUAAAUACCAUCGAGACGAGGCAAUUCCUGGCACUCCACCAAUUCGGAGCUCGGGCAGUGAGGAACUUGGCGACUCACCAAGUCCUGAGCAAGGCCGCAGGUCUAAGAAGCGCAAACCCAGCCCGGGUGAGAACGGACCAGUCAAGCAGCGCCGAGUUGGUGAAGAACAGCUGGAGGCUACGGAGCCCAGCCUCACCAGUCCCCAGAGGAAGCGCGUUAAUGUGCCCACCUUUGCGAGUCCGCAUCGGAGAGCUAGCCUGUCUGAGCGCCAAGUUCCGAACAACAGUAUUGGGCUAGGUGUUACCAAGAAACCCCGGGCCCAUGUCUACUCCACCAAAUGCACCGACUCCAUCCGGAAGCAUGCUUCCACCCUCUGCAAUGCGCAAGUCAUCUCCAGCAAGCAUCAAUUCGGAGAAGAGACGAUCUGUUUCCAUCAAUAA